AUGGCAAGUGGAUGUUCAGAUACGAUGAUCUUAACCACAGUAUAUAAUAUUAUAGUGCAAAACAUUCUGAUCAUUACAAUUUGUAAUGGUCUCAAUAUUUACAACAUUGAAACAGGUCCAAGGAAUAACGACACAGUUGCUAUAAUCAUUAACCCAAAGUUUACUUCAAGUAAAAAUAAUGAAAUUUGGAAUACCAUUAAUGGGCAUAUUUACAAACUAAAGCAAGAUGUAUUUAAACAAGCCGGAGUGUCUGUUGAAGUUUAUACAACAACUAAUAUUAAACUAUCGAGAGAUAUUGUUUCGAUCUUCAUUGUAUCAUACUGUGAAGAUAUUUGGGAUUUAUAUUAUAAAGCUGAAUUUGAAGGAUUAAAUGGAUUACUGUAUAUUUCAAUAACAGGUUUGUAUAUAAUUCAUAGUUCACAUAAUUAA